AUAAACCAAUAUGGCGGAUGUCACAAUUUUUGUCAAGUUCUUAAAAAUGUGAAAUAGAAAUUCAGAAAUAAAAAAUGGAUACACCAAAUGCUGCAUUUAGCUCCAGAAUGAAUGGCCAAAUGAAUGGCCAAGUUAAUGGCCACAGUGGACAGUUAAAUGGCCAAAGAGCAAAUGGGGCGCUACCGAGUGUGGAUCAAGAAAAACUGAAGGCAAGACUGUACUCAUUUGCACCAAAACAAGCACCUAUCAAUACAAGGGCUCUGAGAUUCAACAGGCCUACAAAUGCCCAGUUAAGGAAAGAAAACACACCUGUUGCUGCAAAGUUGGAACCUUUGCCUAGUCUUCAAAAAUAUCAAAUGGUGAAUCAGCCAGAAUUUAUCCAUAUGAAGGCUAAGGAAAAGAUGGAAGCUCAAGGGUUUUUCAAAAAAGAAGAACCACAGGCCAAGAAAAUGAAACGUGCCAGUUCAGUGGAACCAAUGGAUAGGCCAGCUUCAGCAUCACCACUGCCAGAACUACCAGAGGAGUUUAAACAGAAACAGGAGUCAAUGAGUGCUGCUAGCAGACAGAUUUCCCCAGUGCCACCCAAAGAACCAAAACCACCUUCUCCCAAAGGAAGACAUGUCCGUGCUUCUACUGUACCAGGACCCUCCAUUACCGCUAAAGGCACAACUCAUCUGGAGGGCAUUAAAGAUCCUUUACAGAUGAUUCAGCUUGUGAGAGAGAACCCUAAGAUUGGGUUCUUGUAUCUUAGUCCUGCAGUGCCAAAAUCUUCUGUGGACUAUCAUUACUUCAACUUGAAAGUUGUAAGCCAUGAGAACAUCAACAAAGAUGAUUACUGCACCAUAAGUAUCAAGGGAGUCACUAGAAUGCGUGACGAUGAUGAAACUGAGCAUGUACCACUGGACAGAUGGGAACAGGAGUACAGAUAUUUCCGCAAACUGAUAAAGAUCAGUGUUUUUGCCAAAUUCCGCAAGUGGAAAGCAUUCAGUGUAUGGAGAAAGAAUGUGCGAACCAAAAAGCUCUCAGACUGCAAGAAAGCACUGAAUGAAAAUCUCUUCAUAGUAAACCCAUCUCUGUGCCCUGCCCUCCUGAAUGUCCGAGAGAUGUGCUACAGGAUCAGUGACAUGGGCUUGUGUAAAGUGGAAAAGGGACAUACAUACAGUCUACAUGAGUUCAGAGAGGCUCAGUUUGCUCAGUUGAAUGAGGUUGCUGACCGGUUGGCAGAGUUUAGAGAGCUGGUGAAGGAAGUGGUCAGAAGUGCUUGCAGGACAGCUUUGCUGGAGGCAGGCUUUACACCAGAUGAUUACUUCUAUGAUGGCUCAGAGAGUCCUGGACUGGGUGAUGCCCCAGGCACAGCUUCCAGCUUUCAGAUGCAGAGUAACUAUGACAUGGAUAUCUAUGGUGAGGCUCCAGACAAGAUGACAUACACUGAGCAGGCUAACAAGAGGUCCCACUGCAAGCGCUUGACCUGCUUCAUUCGCUUGGCAGACUACCUUAUUGUAAACACCAUGCAUGUGUUAGCAGUGAACUCGGUGUCUACCAUGCUGAACUACCUGACAGAACAAUUACAGAAUACCCCUGCCUUGGCCCAGAUACAGAGCAUUGUGGAUGAGAUUGAGAGCAAGAGUAAAGUGAAGAAAGGAGAUGAGGAUGAAGACGAUGAAGAUGUUAAAGCCAAGGAGAAAGCUAAAGAGGAGGAAGCUAAGGCCAAAGCAGCAGCUGCAGCAGAUGAUGAAGAGGAGGCCAACAAGCUCCCUCCACUGUUCAUCACUGAGUUCAUUUUGGAGCCAAAUCAGCUGAACUUCACCCCAGAUGAAGACGAGUUCCAGGAAGGCAUUGCCGAGGUCAUCAAGAAGUUCCAGGAUGCUGUGCUCAGUGUCAUGAACCUAGUGCCUGAUACUUACUUUGAUGCUUUUACACGGCCCAUAAUUAAUGGCAAGUUUGAGGAGAAGUCAUGUGGAGAGGGUCCCAGCCUCAUCAGCAUGUUUGAAGAUGACAAGCAUCUGCAGAGUAUUAUACAGAAUAUUAGGGAGGCCUUAACAGCAGCCUUCAAUGCUGCCCACCAGUAUGCAGACUGCUUUGAACCUCACAGAGAGUUCUACAAGGUGAAUGAGAGCACUGACCUAGAGGCAGUCAGGCAGGCUGAGCAUGAUGUGGCCUUCUUUGCUGAGACAUUGGAGCGCUACCACAAACAGCACCUGAUGGCAGAGGCCAUUCCUGUGAAGAGACCCAUUGGCAUGUUGUUGGUAGAUGCCAUCCAGAUGAAGGACCUGCUCAUCCCAUCACCACUCAGAUGUCUGGAUGUGAUCAAUGACCUACUGCCUGUUCUGGCCAGGAGUGAAGUGGACAGGCUGAUAGCUGAGCUCCAGGAUGCUCAGUUCAAGCUUGAAAUGGCACCAACCAGCACCAUAGAAUAUGUGGACAGUCUCAACUUCCUGGAUGAAAUACAGGAGAGGAUUGAUCCCUUGGAGAAAGAAGCCUUCAUAGUGAAGGAAAUGUAUGAACUGAUAGACAUGUUUAAAGUGCCCACUCCUCCAGAGGACUUUGCUGUGUAUCAAACUCUCAAUCCCUCCGUGACCAAUGUUAGGAAUGCUAUAGACAAGUCCCUAGCAGAAAGAGAUGCCAAUGUGGACAAGUUCUGCACUCACCUGGACAAGGACAUAGCUGAGCUGGCCAAGGAGGUGAAAGAAGUAAAGCAGGAGGCACAGAAUCCAGAAAUUUUGGAUCCAAGAGCUGAUCAAACAAAGAUCAACAACUUGCUGAAGAAGAUGUCUGUACGUUUGGAAGACUUACAGAAGAGAGCUUUCACAUACAAGUCAUAUCAGAAGAACUUUAAGGUGGGGGCAUAUCUACGUAGUGUUUUUCUUUUUGAUGUAGGGGAGGUUUUAUUGAGGAAACUUCUGCAGUUGACUUUUCAUGACAUUGAUCAGAUGGAUGUUAUCUGCUCCAAAAGAGAAAAACACUGCAUGUAG